AUGUUUAGGAAAGAUAUUAAAAAGAUUUACUUAAAAAAUCAUCUUAAUAAAAUAUAUAUUGUAAAAAGACAAAAUGAAAAUAAAAUUAUUGAAGAAAAAAAAAGCAGUGUUUUGUAUAAAGACUUUAAAGAGUUUAUACUUGUUUUAAUAAAUAUAAGAAAAUAUGAGAAAACAUUAAAAAAGUUAAAGGGUAAUAAAGAGAGUUGUGAAUUUUCCAAAGUUUUACAAGAAUAUUUGGAUUUUUAUUUGUCAACGUUUGGAUAUAAAUUUCAUACCUUUAUAUUGGAAUAUAAAAAUGGUGAUGAAAUAAAUGAUCCUAAUAAUUGUUAUGUUAUAAAUAAAUUAAGAAAGAAUGAUAUUGAAAAAAUAGUAAAUAAGGAAUAUUCAAGAAUAUUAUUUAAAUAUGAUAGUAUUAAAUAUGUACUAUAUUAUAUUAAAAAGCAUACAUUAUUAUUCCAAACAUUUAAUUGUCAUUUCCAAAAAUUGUUAAUAAAUUAUUUAUUUGUUACAUUGAAUCCUUUAAAUGUUCUCAUUUUUGUUUAUUUAAAAUUAUAUCAUAAUGAUGACAAAACAAAUAUUGUUUCAAAAAGCGAUGAUAAGGAUAAGAUAAAAAAUAAAGAUAUAUAUGAUGAAAAAAUAAAUGAUAUUCUUCCUAUAUGUGAGAACAAACCUAUAUCUGAAAGUAAUGAUGAAAAUCACAACGACUUACAAAAUGCUGAGGUUAUCUCCGACACCAUAUUAUAUAAAAAUGAAAGAGUUAAUUGUAGUAAUCUUUUUUGUGAUGAAAUAUAUUGGUUUAUAUGUUUUUUUGGAGAUUAUAUUAUGAAGUAUAAUAUAAUUAGAUGUUAUCGGGAGAUAUAUACAGAUAAAAAAGUGAUUCAAAGAAAAUUAAGAAUAUAUCACUGGGUUAAGAAAUAUGUUCAAAAUGAUUUAAUACAAAAGUUUCAUUUUUAUUCCUAUUCAAAAAAUAUUAAGUUAUAUGAUAACUGGUAUGAACAUAUAUUAUCUAUAUAUGAAGAAAAAUUUAAAGAAUAUGUUCCCAAAUUAAAAAAAUAUAUUGAAAUUGGUAAUGGAUAUAAAAGUAUUAAUAUGUGUCACAAAAACUUUUCAUAUAUAUAUGAUUUAGUUUUACUUUUAUAUUUUAUUAAAAUAUCUUUUUUAUAUUUAAAUGAACAUAUUAAUUUUGUUGUUCAUUUAUCUUUAUACACUUUAUAUAAAAGCAUCAAAAUUUUUGUCAUAUAUUUAUAUUUUAAUCUUCCUAAGUCUAUGUGUCAUUACUUUUUAAAUAUUUAUCUCAUGUUUUUUAAAAAUAAAAAUAUGAAAGCUAAUAAUGUAUUUAGUAAAAUGAAAUGUACAUAUAAAAAUAUAAUGAAUCAUAUUUAUGCACACAGAAAUUUUUUAUAUAUCAAUGGAAAAUUAAACUCACAUAAAAAAACAACAAAUCUUCCUAUCCAUUUGAGACAAGGAAAUUUAAACAGUAAUAUGAUUCAAUGUGAAGAUAAUGAAAACAAUCAAAUGUCAAAAAAUGAUUGUAUAGAAAAUUUAAACAAACCAAAAAAUAUGCAGAAUUGUAUUAUUGAUAGUCAAAAUGAUGGAAAUUACAAAAUAUUGAAAAUUCUCCUGAACAAUUCAGAAAAAAAAAAAUAUGGAAAAAUAUUAAAUUUGACAUAUUUUGAUAUAAAUGAAUAUGAUGGAAAAGAUAUUAAAAAUGAAAGUGAAUUAAAAAAAUUUUUGACAUAUCAUUUUUAUGGAUCUAUAAUACAAUUGAAAUAUAAUAACGAAAUUUUUCUGCGGAGGAAAAAGUAUAGGAAUGAAAAGGAAAAUAAAAUAAAUAGUGUAAAAAGAAAAAGAAGUAAAUAUAUAAAAGGGAUUAAAAAAAAUGAACAGAGAGAAAUUAACAAAAUGGACAAAAUGGGCAAAAAGGGCAAAAUGGGCAAAAUGGGCAAAAUGCACAAAAUGAAUGGUUUUUUUUAUCCUAGGAAAAUUCAAAAUAGAAAGAGACAAAUAUUAUUAUAUAAUGUGUUGAUAAAUAAUACAAAAGGGUUAUCAAUGUAUAUGAAUAAUAAACAGAAGGAUUAUAAAAAAUGUUUUCUACAUGGUGUAUUGAAAAAAAGUGAUAUUAUAAAAAAGUGUAAUAUAAAUAUUCAUAUAAAUGAUGAGAAUAACAUGUAUACACCUAAUGAUAACAUUAAUUUUUGUAAUAAAAAAAUUAUUAUUAAAUUAUUUGAAACCAUAUUAUAUAAUAUAAUACAUAAGGAAAAUCAUAUGAUUGAUGUAAAUCAAAAGGAAGAGAAUAUAUUUUUAUCAGAUAUAAAAUUAAAUGAUGAAAAUGAAACAUAUAAUUAUGUUAAUAGGAGUCCCUUAAAGGAAUAUAAUAAUUAUAUGAAGAAUGAGUGUAGAAACCAAAAGGAAGUUGAUAUAUGUAAUGAGGAAAAUGUAGAUCAUGAUGUGGGGACUGUAUAUAAGGAUGAAAAUAGAGACGAUGAAAAUAAAGAUGAUGAAAAUAAAGAUGAUGAAAAUAAAGAUCAAAAUAACGAUCAAAAUAACGAUGAAAUUGUAUGUAAUGAAAAUAACAUUGACAAAAUUGAUAAUUAUCAAAAUGACAAUGAUGAAGUUAAUAAUUAUCAAAAUGACAAUGAUGAAGUUAAUAAUUAUCAAAAUAGCGAGCAUAUAAAUAAGGAGGAAGAAAAUAUAAUUGAAGAAAAUGAAAUCGAACCAACCAAUAACGAAAUAAAUAAAAUUGAAGAAAACGAAAAUAUGGAUUACAAUGAUUUAAUUAUUCAAGAAGAAGAAGAUAAUAAAGAUAUAGCAAUAUCUGUUAAGGAUAAUAUGGAAAAAGAUACUUGUCCCAGUGAUGAAAAUAUUUCAGUCAAUGAUGAAGCUGAUGUUAAUAAAUUAUCAAAAAAUGUGUUGAAGGAAAAAUAUCUUAAUGAAAAUAAUAACAUAAAAUAUGAUUUAAAAAGUAAGAAAAAUGAUUGUGUUGGAAAAUAUAAAAUAUAUUUUAGUGAUGAAUCCACAAGUUCUGAAAAUACAACCGAUGAUUAUGAGUAUUAUAUGAAAACAAGAAAUAAAUCCAAACCAAAAAUUAAAGGGAAAAAAGAUAAGAAAAAGAAAGAAAAUGUAAAGAAUAAGAAAAAAAAUAAUGAUAAUAAUGUAUAUAUAAAUAAAUCAAAUUCAAAGAAUAAACAAGUUGAUGAAAAUGAUAAAAAUGAUAAAAAUGAUAAAAAUGAUAAAAAUAAGAAAAAAGAUAAUAAAGUAAUAAAUACAAAAGAAACAAAUAUUCCAAAAUAUAACACUAUUGAAAGUAAAAAUACAAUAGCUAGUAUAAAUGAAAAAACAUGUAAUGAAUUUAUAAAGGAUACAAAUGAAUCUUUGAAUAUUAAAAAUAACGAUACUAGUGAUAAUAUUAUGAAAAAUAAAAUGGAUCAUAAAAAUAUUAAUAUUGAUGACCACUACGAUUUAAAAGAAUAUGAAGAAGAUGAUAUUAAUAAAAAUACCAAAAGCGUAGAAAACAUAAAAAUAAAUACAUUUAACGAUUCAAAAGAAUCUAUGUUGGAAGAACAAGAAAUAAUAGGUAAUAACAAAAAGGUUUAUAGAAAGAUUCAAACUUUAAAAUCAAAAAGUAGUAAAAAAUUAAUUUUCAAUUUGUCAUUAAGUGAAAAUGAAGAAUCGUCAUUAAUAAUAGAAAGUUUGGAUAAUAAUAUACAAGAAACAAAUGAAAUGAAGGAGUUCCAAGAAAUAAAUGUUGAUAGUAUGGAUGAAGAAUGGGAUAAAAAAAAAAAAAGUGGGUCACUAAAAGGUGAUAAUAAUAACAAAAGCAACAACAACAACAAUAAUAAUAAUAAUAAUAAUAAUAUGAUAUGUUUGAAAGAAAAGGUUUAUCAUGUUGAUAUAGAUAAUAAGAGAGGAGAAUAUGAUAAUAUAUUAAAAGAACAAGAUAAAUUAAAAGUGGGAUAUCAUGAUAUAUAUAAUAAUAAUGAAGGAAUAGAGAAACCAUUUAUAGAUACUUGUGAAAUAUAUAUUAAAGAAAAUGUAUUGAAUAAUACACAGAAGAAAUUAAAUUUAAUUCAUAUUUAUCAUAAAUUCAAGUUAGGUAUUAUAUAUUUAUUUGAUCAUUAUAUAAUAGGAGGUAUUAAUUUAAUAAACCCUUAUAACAGUAUUGAAAAUGAAAGAUAUACACAUUUUGCAUGUAUACAAUCUAAUAUAAAUGAUAUGGAUCAUACUAAAAUAUUUAGAUACAACGAAAAAGAAUUAAUCAUGUCUUUUAAAAAAAAUUCAGAAAUAUCUUUAUUAAGUGAUAAGAAUGAAAAAAGAAUAAUGAAAAUUUUAUGUAAAAAUGGAAAAGGAUUAAAUGGUUCCAUUUUUAAAUGUACUAUUAAUAACAAAUUAUUUGCAUGCAAAGUACAACAUAAAUUACAUUUGGCAAAAAAAGAAAUAUACUUUUCAUAUUUAUUAAAAGUAAGGAAAUCUAAUAAAAUUAAUAAAUACACAAAAUAUAAUAAUAUAGAUUAUUCAGGAAGGCAACUCUUUUAUGAAAUUUAUGAGAAGGAGAAUAGAUAUAUAUUUCCUGACGAACUACAUUAUAAAUAUAGCUCGGAUAAAAAAAACAAGAGUGUUUCAAAAGAGAGAUAUAAUGAGAAUGAGAAUAACAAGAAUAACAAGAAUAUAUACAAUAUGAAUGAUAAUGAUAGUAAUGAUAGUAAUCAUAGUGAUGAUAAUGUUAAUUAUAUUUAUAAUGUUAAUGAAAAGAAUAAUAAGAGUGAGAAAAAAGUCAAGCAAUUAAAAAAUGAGAACAGAAAAAAAGAACCAGUGAAAGAAAAAAGAAACAUGUCCAUUUUAAUUAUGAAUACACACAAUAAUGUUAUAACAUUAAAUGAAUUAAUAAAUUAUUUUAUUAAGAAAAAUCAUAAGAGUGUAAAUGAAGAAUUAAUUUUAUUUAUUAUGUAUCAAAUAAUUGUAUCUAUACUUCAAUUACAUUUUUUAGAUAUAUUACAUGGAGAUGUGAAAAUUGAUAAUAUUUUAGUGAGCAAAAAUGAAGAUUUAUGUAAUAGAGAAGGGAGAAGAAAAGCAAAAAAAAGAUAUAAUUAUGAAUAUAAUAAAAAUAAAAAAGGAAAUGUUAAUUGUAAAAAUAAGGAACGAGAAAGGAAACAAGAAAAAGAACAUUUAAACGAUUAUAAAAAUAGUUUUGAUUUUAAUAGUUUGUAUAAAAAUAAUAAAUAUUUAGGUAAAGACAAAUUAAAUAAUUAUAAUAAAGAGGAUAGUUUUUUAAAAACUACGAAUUUCCCCUUGAAUCUUUUUUUAAUAGAUAUUGGUAGAGGUAUAGAUAUGAAAAAUUUUAAAAAGUAUCUUUUUUAUGGUGAAAAGCAUUGUGAUUGUUAUAGCUUUUUAAAUGAUUCAAUUUAUAAUUAUCAUAUUGAUUUUAUUGGUAUUGCACAAAUAGCUAGCUGCCUUUUAUUUUACAAGCAUAUAGGUCAUACAAAAUAUAGAUAUGAAAGGACAUUGAAUGAUAAACAUAAUAUCACAGUAAAUAAUUUGGGUAUAACCUAUUCAACACACAAUAAUCAUUUUAAUAAUACAAGUGGCCGUAAUACAUAUUAUAGAAAAAGGAAAACAAAAGGAAAGGAUGUUGUAAAUGAUGAAGAGAAAUAUAAGAGUAGUAAGAAAGAUAAAUAUAAAGAAAUCGAAAACUUUAUAAAGAUUAAAGAAAAGGUAUAUCAAGAGGAGGACAAUAUGUGUAUAGAGAGUAAAGAUAGUUUUAUGGAUGAAUAUUAUUUAAAUGGUAAUGAAAAGGAUACGGAGAGGAACAAACACACAAUGAAUAUAAAAAGUAAUUAUAAGAGUAAUAGUAAUAUUAAGAGUAAGAGUAAGAAUAAAAUAAAAGAAAAUAACAACUUACUUAGUAUAGACCAUUUAAACAGUUUAGAUGAUUUGGAAGAUAUGAAAAAGAAUAAAAAAAAGAAUAAAUGCUCCAAUUUAUAUGAUGAAAAUCAUGAUAAGGAAAAUAUAUAUUUUAUUGAUUAUUCUAAAAUAUUAUCCAUUGACAAGAGAAAUAAAGAAAAGAUUUCAUAUUAUUUAGAUAAAAUAAAAAAACAAUCUGACAAUUAUUUUGUUGAGAAGGAUAAUGAAAAUAAAAUAAAAAAUUUCUAUACAAAAUUUAUGUUAAAAAGAAAAAAGUACGCAGAAUUUUGGGAUAUGUUUUUUCAUAUUUUAUUAAAUUUUUGUAAUGUAUAUGAAUUAAAUCAUAUACGAUAUAAUUCAAAUGAAGAUAUUCUGACUAACAAUACAGAUGAUGAUUUGUUUGUUCAUAAAUUAAUAAAUAAAACAGAGAAUUAUUAUUUUGAUUUUAAGAAAAAUAAUUGGCAAGAAAUUCAUAAGAGUCCUCAAAGAAAUGAUUCCAAUAUAUGUAAUGAUGAUAAUAAAAAUAUAAUUAAUUUAUCUGAUAGAUGUUAUAGUAAUAUACCAUAUGAAAAUAAGUUAACUAAUUUAUAUUAUAUGGAUAAAAAGGAAAAUGAAAAAUCCAAAAAUAUAAUAAAUAAUCAAGGUUAUAAAGAUGUAAUAUUAUCAACAAAUAACAAUGUUCAAACAAAACAUCAAAAAGAACACAUAAAAUCAUAUGAAAACAAUGAAUUAAUAAAUAAUGAUAAUAAUAAAUUAUCGAUUUUUAAAAAAGAAAAUUGUAAAAAUACAACACUAAGAAAACAUAUACAAGGACAUAAUUUAAAUAGCUUAGGAAAAAAUAGUAAAUAUUUUUUUAUAAAAAAUUCCAUAUCAAAUUUUAAAUGUAUAAGGAAAAGCUUGUAUAAACAUAAAUAUGAAAAAAAAACUAAGGAUCCAAAUAAAGAUGAAAUGAAAAAUAAUAAAACUAUACAUCCUCCUGAAGAAAAUACACAAAGUGGAAGACUGAAAAGAAAAAUCAUAUUUUUUGAAAACGAACAAAAUAAAAGAAAAUGUAGAAAAUUAAAUAAUCAAAAUCAAUAUUAUAAUAAUGAAUAUAAAUAUAACGAAUCUAAGAGAUCUACAAGAUAUAUUAAUAAACUCAUGAAAAAAAAAGCAAUCUUUAUUCUUCUAAAUUUAAAAAGAUCUAUUGAGCGAAUAUUUGAUGAAGACGAAGAGAGGCAAACAAUUUUGUUAAACGAACUUUAUAACGCUUCCACUUUUUUUUAA